GUGAAUUUGAACAAAGCAACAGUUGUCUGUUUCUGUUGAGUUUGCGUCAGGACUUUCAAAUUAGUUUAAAUUAAUGACAAAGUUCACGUUCUGGGAUACAGUGUUUUGAGUGUAACUUAAACGCAAUUACAUCUUCCCAAAACCGAGUGAAAAGUCUUACCUCACCCUCCUCCUACUCCUACUCCUCCUCUUGAGGAAACUGAACGCACGCGCGCAGAGCGGAUGCCGCGAGCGAACAGACAGUUUGCGGUGAGCUGUCUGUCUCUCUGUCAGUGAGCCUGCGCGGCUCGAUGUGCGACAGCGGCAGGAGGAAUACAGACAGACAGUUAUCGUGGCUCCAGGUCGGCCUGGGUGGUACCGAGUACCCGCUGAGCACGAGCGGCAGAGCAGCCAAGUGGCGACUCGGGGGGUGGGUGGGGGGGCUGUACGUGAAACUCAAAGAAGUCAGCAUGGACGGCAAAGGCACACUGAAGAUGUUCAGGAAGAAACGGGAACUGAUUAAGACGCCAUCCAUCUCGAAGAAGAGCCGAGCAGGAAGCCCCGGGCCGCAGAGCAGCGCCCAGUCUCUGUCCAUCCUUCAGGAGCAGCCUCGGAAAGAUGCAGGCGACAUCACCCUCUCGUCUUCACCCUCAUCCUAUUCCUCCUCGUCAACUCUCACCCCGACCUCUGCCGGGUUCCAGGACGUCUCCCUGUCCUGCCCGAGCACCCCCAGCAUCCAGCACGGCAAGCUGGCGGCGAUGCAAGGGGUGGGCUGCCCGUCCCCUGUGGCCACCCUGAAGAGACCGACUGCGCUGAGCAGACAUGCCAGCGCUGCAGGUUUCCCGCUCCAGUCGUGGGUGUUCACUAAAGGCCAGGGGAAAGGGGCCUUGACCCCCACUCCUCCGUCUGAGUAUCCAGAGAGCACAGCCAUUGAGGUCGAGGACAUCCCGGCACUGCUGAGGGACGUGGCGCGCUUCGCAGAGGCUGUGGAGAAACUGAAGGACGUCGUGCUGGCGGAAGGUAAGAAGGAGAGUCAGAGGCCCGUGGCUCACGAGUGUUUGGGGGAGGUCCUACGGGUGCUGCGUCAGGUCAUCAACACCUACCCUCUGCUCAACACCGUGGAGAUCCUCACUGCUGCUGGCAAGCUCAUAUCCAAAGUCAAAGGUUUCCACUAUGAGGCUUGUAACGAGGCCGAUAAAAAGGACUUUGAGAAGGCAAUUGAAACCAUUGCAGUUGCUUUUAGCAGCAAUGUGUCUGAACUGCUGAUGGGAGAGGUGGACAGCAGCACGUUGCUCUCCUUGCUGCCCACUGAGAAGAGCAGGUCGAUGGAGAACUUGUACGCUGCGACAGGCCAGGGAGCAGACGGGGGACAGUUCAGGAGCGAUCUGCAGGACAUUGGCAGAGCUGAGGCAGUGGAUGUGAUCCUCCAAAACAGCGAAGGAGGGGUGGACUCCGCUCUGCUCUAUGCCAAAACCAUCUCUAAGUACAUGAAGGACCUGAUGACCUACGUGGAGAAGAGAAUCUCACUUGAGACCGAGUUCUCCAAAGGCCUCCAGAGAUUGUACCAGUCCUGCAAACACAGCAUAACACAUCCCCAAAUGCCCCUCUUCUCCAUCUACUCUCUGGCUCUGGAGCAGGACCAGGAGCAGAGUGUGGGCCUGCAGCAGGCCAACGCCACCCUGUACAACCAGACCUUCAUCCAGCCUCUGAUGCAGCGUAAGCAGGAUCAUGAAAAGAGACGGAAGGAGAUCAAGGAACACUGGAUUCGAGCUAAGAGAAAACUAAUGGAGUGUGAAGCGAACCUGCGGAAAGCCAAGCAAGCCUUCAUGGUCCGCAGUUCAGGUUGCGAAAAAGAAGGAAAAAAAAGGGCGGGGGGGGGAGGGGAGGAGAAAAAAGGGGGAAAGAAAAAAAAAAAGGAGGAGAAAAAAAAAAGAAGGAGAUCUACAGCAAAGUCUGUGGAGAAGAAGAAACGAUUAGAAGAAGAGGCUCGCAACAAGUCAGACGAGGCGGAGGCCACCUACCGGACAUGUAUAGCGGAUGCCACCACUCAGCAGCAGGAGCUGGAGCACACGAAGGUCACAGUGCUGAGACAACUGCAGGACAUCAUCAAACAGAGCGACCAGACCAUCCGCUCGGCGACCAUCUCGUACUACCAGCUCAUGCACAUGCAGACCGUAGCCUUGCCGGUCCACUACCAGACUCUGUGUGAGAGCAGCAAGCUGUAUGACCCAGGCCAGCAGUAUGCCGCACACGUGCGCGACCUGCAGCUGCCAGAGCAGCCGACUGUUCAAUACACAUUUGAGAGCUACAGUCCCUUCAGCUCAUCGUCACACCAUGGCCACAGACCAAGGAAUGACAGUUUCAACACAGAGCAUACGAGCCACACGGACGGCCCUGCCACCAGUGUGGAUACAGCAGCUGGAGACAACCGAGACACGGAGGUUCACCGCAAGAGACAGGGCCACAAGUCGUGGGGUUCAACAGUGAGCGAUGACAGCGUUGGAGGAGACGGAGCCCUAGAGUCUCCUACUGCCAGCAAAAGUGACAUCAGUAAAAUUGCUCGGACGUCGUCCACUGGAACAAUGUCGUCCAAUGAGGACGCAGAUGAGAAAGACGGGAAUGUGACCUCAUUUGAAGCUCCAAACAUGAACGGCAUGGAUCCUGAUGUAGUGGUGUCCACCCGACCUUUCCGUAACAUGGGCCUGUCUAAAGCAGCUCAGACCCACCGGCUGAGGAAGCUACGGACUCCUUCAAAGUGCCGCGAGUGUGACAGCUACGUUUACUUCCAGGGGGCCGAGUGCGAGGAGUGUUUCCUGGCGUGUCACAAGCGCUGUCUGGAGACUUUGGCCAUCCAGUGCGGCCAUAAGAAGCUGCAGGGCCGUCUGCAGCUGUUUGGCAGGGACUUCUCUCAGGUAGCCAGCUGUGCCAGUGACGGCAUUCCCUUCAUCAUCACCAAGUGUAUCUCCGAGAUCGAGAGACGGGCACUGAAGAUGAAGGGCAUCUACAGGGUGAACGGGGUGAAGACUCGUGUGGAGAAGCUGUGUCAGGCCUUUGAGAAUGGCAAGGAGCUGGUGGAGCUGUCCCAGUGUUCACCACAUGACAUUAGCAACGUCCUCAAGCUUUACCUCAGACAGCUGCCAGAGCCCAUCAUGCUGUUCCGCCUCUACAACCGUCUGAUGGGUUUGGCGAAGGAGAGUCUGCAUGGCGAAGCAUUCACACCAGAAGGAGAGGAGGCCGAGUCCAACAGUACCAACCCAGCAGCGGGCAAGGGUCCGGAGCUGGUGGAUCUGGGCCCGGACACAGACCCAGAGGUCCUGGUCCUGGUCAACAAGCUGAAGGAGCUUCUGAAGGAGCUGCCCAAGGCUAACGUCGCUACGCUGCGCUACAUCAUUCGCCACCUCCGGAGGAUCGCAGAACUAGAGGAAGAUAACAAGAUGAGUCCCAGUAACUUGGGUAUUGUGUUUGGUCCCUCCCUGAUGCGUCCCCGUCCGACCGGGGCCACGAUCUCCCUGUCCUCUCUGGUCGAUUACCCCCACCAGGCCCGCAUCGUGGAGUCCCUCAUAGUCUUCUAUUCAUCCAUUUUCCAGUCAAAGACCUCUCAGUCCAACAAAACCUGUCGCUCUGAUUCCACCUCCACUCCGCAGGAAAGUAUUGCAGAGAACAAGAUGGGGAGCUCUGCUGAUGGAGAGGAGGAUGGAGGCAGUGAGGAGCCAAAUAAACCGGAAUCUGACAAGAUGGAGGAGGGAUGUGGAAGUUCUUUAGGGUCACUGGGGUCUAGUGAGCAGCUCCCAGACUCCGACUCAGAGCUGGACGAGAGUGGUCAGAGGACUACCCACUGCUGCGGCCUGGUGAAGCAGGAGAGCGAGGUGAGCAUGGACGACGAUCAGCUGAGCUACAGGGACAGCCUGGACCUGUCCAGCCAGUCUGCAACCCAAACGGACCAGGAACAAGACGCAGAUCAGGACCAGGACGUAGCAGAGCCCCCCGCGCUGCCAGACAGCGGGCCCCCAGAUGACGACACCGGGGCAGAGCAGGACCUGAGCGCCUCUCUGGCCGAGCUCAACAUGAACCAGUCCAACAACAACAACUAUCCAUGCUCCCCAAAGUUAAACUUGUCGGGGCUUCGACUGGCACGUCUGUGUGGAAAGAAGUUACCCCUGACCAGAAACCGGGACAGUGAGCCUGAGUUUGUCUGAUAUCAUUAUCAAAGUCAUACUGUGUGUGUAUGUGUGUGAGAAGUCUUUUAGUUUGAGCUGAGUAACAGGAUUAUUGAUAUUGUUUUAAUAAUUAAAAUCCUUCAUCUGAGAGGGCUGUGUUGUGUACAGCAAGAUUUAAGUUUUUAACAUGUAGGUGUUUGCAGCUGUAUUGAUCUAUCCUGGCAGUGAAACCUCUGCAUGCUUACUGUGGUUUGAUGAGACUUGUCAUUUCAUGAAGGUUUGACUCAAAUUAUAUAGUUUGUAUUUUAAAGUGUUUUACACGUUGCUCUUGCAAGCUUGAGGAAAAUGUGUGUAGCAAAAGCCAAUUCUUCUUAAAGUGUUAAAGUGGUUUUAUUUCAGCACUAAAAUAAAAAAAAAAAUUAAAAUGUAGUCUCUUUAUAAAUGUUGCCUGUAUCGCC